UACUUAGAAAAGCAAUUUUGACCAUAUUUUCUAUAUAUGUGUCCUUAAUUAUCAGAAAAAUGCCACAAGCACAAGUUAAAAAACCGCAUUUCAUUGGAGAGUGAGAAUUAAAACCUGAUAGCAGCCUCCAUUCUGCUUUUGUAAAUAUAAGAACAAAACAUUUUUUAUUUUAUUUAGUGCUAACCCUUUCAGUCAUAACUGCCUCCCACUAUUUUUCACUAUGCACUUCAGAAUUAUCCAAAUAUUUGAAAUAUUUUAGCUGAAUAUGUAAACAUAGGCAUACCCCAAUUUAAAAUAUAGAGUCUAAAAAUCAAUCAAGGUUUCACAUUUGGUCCAUGUACAAUCACAGACAGUAAAGCAGAGUUUGGGUCAGUGGUGCAGCCAUAGUAGAUCACAUGCUGUCAAUCAUGCGUAAAGGCGCAGCUGUUCUCCAUCAGGCUGUGAUUCAGACUGGAGGCGCAGGCGGUGGUGUCUUUCACGGUGCAGCCCUGACUCUUUUCUUUUAAUUACUUUUAAUAUUUUAAUAUCUUGCGUUGUCCUUCUGACAUGCCUUUUGUGGAGGACCCAGCUCACCUCUCUAUAGCUCGCCUCAAGUCAGAUUUACUUGCCCACAAUGUGGCGCUGCCACCUGCAGCGAGCAAAAAGGAGGUUUACGUGGAGCUGCACCUGAAAAACAUCGAUCAGAAAAACGCUGCGGAGUUCUCCAGCGAUGACGAGGAGGAGACACGAGAAGCAGCACGAGAGUCUUCUGGUUUUGAACACAGCAGGGAUAAGGAUCCAGAGGUUACACAAAUGCCAGAUCCAAGUGACUUAACAGACGAGUAUCUGAGGGAGGCACUGCUCAAACAUGGGGUUAAAGCUGGCCCCAUAGUAGCCUCCACCAGGACCCUGUAUGAGAAUAAGCUCAGGAAGCUGCUUCUUCAUUCUAAUGGGGAUGAUGAAUUGUACUCGGAUAGUGAAGAAGAGCAAGAGAAAAGAGAUGAUAUAGAAUCAGCUUGCUCAGUUUUAGAAGAACAAAAACCUGAAGAAGCGAAGAAGAUUAAAGGUGAAAACGACAAGGCAGACUUGCAUUUUCACAGAAGAGAUUAUUCUUAUCAGCAGUGCUUUUUACUAUCAUCAAGGCUGCGUGCUCAUCCUUCUAGAAACGAGAAACCUAGUUCCAAGAGUCUUUCAAAGAAUGUGACAAAGUCAUCAGAGCGCUCAAAAUCCAAGAGCUCACACAUUCUUGCAGGAGUUAGUAAAGCAUCCUCCACAGGUCAACACUCUGGAUUAAGAUCAGGGGUUCCACCUGCUUCCAAAACGGUGGUCUCUAACGACAGCUCUUCAUUUUCCUCACAGACCUUCAGUAUCACCCAAAUGGUGCAAGAGAUGGAGAGUCGGGGCUCGCUCUCUGACUGCACGGUCAAGGAGCUGAACAGCAGCAGAGUGGGGGAACAUUGUUCAAGGUCUUAUAGGUUUGCCAUGAAUGAUUUAGACAAGAGCAGGAGCACGGAUCAGUCCCUGUACCACACUCCCAAAGAUGUUCAUCCUCCACGUGGAAUGAAGUUACCUCAGGAAUCUGGGAAACCUAUUUUAAAAGACCUUUUUCCAGACACAAAGCCUACAACCACAGGGAUUUAUGUUACUCCAAGAAGACCCAUCAAAGGCGCAGCGCAGAGACCUGUCCAGUACUCGUACUCGUACCCAGACACUCUUGUCAGUCCUGUGACUCUGGAGAGACGAGAGGUGGAGCGUCGCCUUGUUUCUAUCCACAUACAGAUCUUGUUUUUUUUCUUUGUGGCAUGCAUUCUUUUCUAUAUUUAUGUGAAUGUUCAGGACAGCACCGUUUUGGCCUUACUUGACAGUUUUAGCCAUUGCUUUGACAAGGAGGGUUGGGCUUUUUUACAGCCUGGGACAGAAGGCACACAAGCAGUCUGCAAACAGGAUUAACUUUAACCUUCAGCUGACAGUGUGAACAUUGAUUGGUGUGUUGAUUCAUAAAACGCUGUCCAAGGAACACAUUAACUUUGCUCUACUUUAUUGGCUGCAACCCUUGCUGUUGAACAGAUCCAUUUAAUGUUGGAAUUUUUUAUUAAAUAAAUGUUAUUCCUGGGUGCUUUGUCGCUGAAUAAGCAUGCUUGAACUACAAACACUCAGGAGAAAUAUCUUUGAUUUCACGAUCUCAACUGUACUUUGAGCCUUAACACUUGUGACCUUUUUAUAUUUAAAAUGUUUCAAUAAAUGUUUUGCUUAA